AUGCAGCGAAUCGAGUCGGCUAUCGAGAAAGCGGUGAAAUUUCGUCGUCAUGGAAUUUUCAUCAGUGAGACGUUCGAUUUAGCAAGAACACAAGCCAGAGAGGCGAUACAAAAAGGGAUAACGCCGUUUCCAGUCGCUGUUAAGGAUUGUUUCUUAACGAAUACUGCAAACACAACAUGCGCUUCACAAAUGCUAGAGAACUACUGCGCGCCGGUGAAUGCAACAAUUGUUGAGCGAAUCGUCGCGAAUGGAGGAUGCAUUAUCGGAAAGACGAAUCUUGAUGAAUUCUGUAUGGGAACAUCAUCAGCUCUCGGACAUUUCGGACCUGUAAAGAGUGCAGUGAAAGAAGAAGACUCCCCGGAUGAUUGGAUUAUUCCGGGUGGUAGUUCCGGUGGAUCCGCUGUGGCUGUACAAGCUGGAAUUGUGGACAUGGCGCUUGGCUCAGAUACGGGCGGUUCCACACGAAAUCCCGCGGCAUUCAAUGGAAUCUACGGUUUGAAGCCGACAUAUGGAGUUCUCUCGCGAUAUGGGCUCAUACCGCUCGUCAAUUCACUAGAUUCCCCGUCUAUUCUAGCAACAAGCGCAGAAAAAUGUUGGAAAUAUCUGGAAAUUAUGACAUCGAAAGGAAUCGACGCCGCCGAUUCGACUUCUGUAACUCUACCGCAGGAAUCGAAAGAAUCUCCUAGAAUUAAUAGUCUGAAGGGUCUUAAAGUAGGCAUUCCUAUAGAAUAUCAUAAUGAAUGUUUAUCUGAAGACGCGUGGAGACAUUGGAAUCGUAUAGUGGGAAUAUUGAAGAGAGAAGGCGCGUUUGUUCGAGUGAUAAGCUUACCGACAACAAAAUACUCGCUAGCUUGCUAUUCGGUAAUUGCUGCUGCCGAUGUUGCUUCCAAUAUGGCAAGAUAUGACAGUGUUGCUUAUGGCCAUCGCUCCGAGAAAAAUGAGUCCACUUACGAAAUGUACGCCACGUCACGCUCGGAAUCAUUGAAUACUGUUGUGAGACGGCGGAUUUUUGCGGGAAACUACUUUUUGAUGAAGCAGUAUCGGAAACUAUAUCUCGACAAAGCUUUAAAAGUUCGGAGACUCAUCACCGAUGAAAUGCUCGCCGCAUUCAACGAAGUCGAUAUCAUAGUCACCCCCACAGCCACUGGACCUGCUCCAAAAUAUUCUCAACUACGUGACACACUAUUCUCAAAGGAGGACGACGAUGACUAUUUCACACAGGCAGCGAAUUUGGUUGGGAUUCCAGCGAUAUCGAUUCCGGUUGGAAGGAGUGAUGAGGAUGGUCUGCCGAUUGGUGUGCAGUUGAUGGCGAAUCGACUCGAAGAUCGGGCUUUGUGUGAUAUCGCACAGAUUUUGAGUGGAAUUAUUUAA